ACAACAUGUACGAGGGCAUCGUUCCACGCCCUACCAGAAGACGAUCGAGGCACUGAUCUCCAAAACAAGCACUAGCAAUGCCCCUGCAACAGCAUGUAGUGGAGCGAGUUCAACCAAUGUUUGACUACGCCUACAAGAGGAUGGAAGAGGCGUAUGACGUUUGCCGGGAAAACGUACUGAGCGAGUUCGUUUCCACGUUCGCUUUUGACAAAGUCAAACAGCACUUUUACCUACUGUCGGCAAACUUGAACGAGACGAAGAAGAGCACGGGGAUUGAUUCCCCUCGCUGCAAGGAGGAAGGGGACGAUUCCAUCGCCCUGAAGCAGAACGUGGUACGUUUGGCCAAGGAGUGGGAGAACAUGUGGCGCUUUCCAGGACAAGUUGAGGAUCUCUCUGACUCUUUCGAGUUACCGCUGGAGUUUUAGUCCCAUGGUCUUGAGGAUACGGAUUGCCGUAUCAAACCGGACCCAGAGAACACACGCGGCAUCAAACCAGAACUGAUGGACCCGACCCUUCUUCUGGUUGCCUCGAAACUCUGCCGCUUGGAGGACGGAAAGGUCGAGAUUGACCUGACGGACGAUUGAAACAAUCCAUGGUGUUCAGAAGUAGUCGAGCAGUACAUGGAGGAAUGUAACCGCAUAUAGUACCGGUGACACAGGCCUUUGAACCAACUCAGAACAUGGCGAUGUGUACACAAAAAAGGAACAUGCUCAAGUUGGAAUGGCUUUGCGUUGGGGAAAGACUGGGAUGCCUUUGAUCCAGAUCAGCUAGCAACAGUUUUAUCAAUGUACAUGCUCUUAUUCAGAC